AUGGGUUUUCUUCACAAGCUUUGGGACGAAACGCUCGCCGGACCAACGCCGGAUUCCGGCCUCGGAAAACUCCGAAAAUACAAUUCUUUACCCGCCGCCGCCGCUGCCGCUAGAUCCACUGCUGCUCCGCCGUCUGUUGUCAUUCCUCCAGCACUUGAUGAUCAAAUCCCGAUUUCUCGGAGCAUCACUAUUCUCCGAGCCAACCCUGGCUCGCCGCAUAACCUUAAUACUUCUCUCGACUCUAGAUCGGCCCCGAAUUCUCCUGCUGGUUCCAGCACUCCCAUAUCGCCAUUUUCACCAAGCACUCCUGGUGGGAACUUCAAGAAAUUGACGAGGAGAAAAUCAACCUCGGCUGCAAUGCAUCAAUCUGAUCGAAAGAGUCCAACUGAUUAUGAUUGGAUUGUGCUAAGUGCUUUGGAUCGUUGA